CUUUCCUUGAUGUUAUAAGUACCUCUCAGGCUUCCUGGGCGUCCACACUCAAAGGAAAUAUGCGAUGGAUGGCUCCUGAGCUGUUUGUAGAGCAGGAGGAUGGAUUUCAAGUUCGGCCAAGCGAGCAGAGCGACAUAGAUUCAUUCGGCGGCAUAAUGUCACAGAUCCUCACCAACGAAAUUCCUUAUUAUUACCUCUCGAGUGACGCCGCGAUCGUCUUAUGCAUACUAGUAGUUAGGUUGGAGACAGCCCUGGGGGGUCCUCCCGGGCUUGUUAUCCUGAGCUCCCUGAAAUAGUGGAUGUUUAUCUGUCCAGAUCUCGUUGGUUCUGACGCACCGUCUCGCAUUCAAAAUUCUGUUUACUGUACAGCGAGAUAAACAAAGCUAUGUAUACCUGUAUAGUAAACGUAGGCUUACCCCAAGAUUUCUCUUGUAAUAUUUUGCAGCACAACAAUGCAAGUACCG